AUGCCCUCACUCGGUGGGCAGGCUCAGCAGCAACAGCAGCAGCAUGCGCUGGCCCCAGCUCAUGGAGCAGAGCAAGGCGGUGCCGUCUCUGAGAGCAAUCGCGCAUUGCCCGACAGGGCUGUCACCGCGGCAACUCUCGAGGAUGCAUAUGUGAAGUUUAUCUUCUAUUGCAACCCAGCGGUGCCUGCCGACCAGGAUACACAGGCCCUGCGAGAUGCUUUCAGUAACCCACCAAAGAGCGCUGGAAAGAGUUUCGAAACCUUCACUGUGUACCAAUUAGUCCUGCAGUUUUUACGGAAAGAGAUAAAGACGUGGACGGAGCUGACUAUCAAACUGGGGGUGGAGCCUCCGGACCCGAAGAAGGACGAAAGUGCUCAAAAGGUCACCCAAUAUGGGGUCCGCUUAAAGAAAUGGAUGAAUUCACUGCACAUCAAGGCCUUUUUCGACUAUCUUCGAGGUGUAGAAAAUGAAUACUGGACUGAAAUUCCCGGAGAUCCCGACCCAACUUCGCAGCAGGUGCGGGAUGGCGUGGCCUUGGAGGACGACAUGGCCCUGCGGGCACUUUUGCCACAAAUCCGCCCCCGACGAGGCCGUAAAAGACCGGACGAGUCUGACGGCCCAGGAUCUGCGGCUCAGAAAAUGAGACUUUCGCCCUCGUUCCUGGGCGAGAAUCUAGGCGAUCCCCAGCUCUCGGGAUACGUUGACGGAGCCAGGUCCGCACAUCCUGUGCUGGGUAAAAAUGAUGGCUCGCAGACGCCAUUCAGCCAGUGGCCCACCUCAGCCGUGACCCCAACAGUGAGAGGUUCGUUCUGGGAUGAUGCCCUUGAGCCACAGUCCGCGACUACGCCAUCCCAGCUGAAGCCGGGGCGUCAGCGCCGCGGUGCGAAAAAUGUAUCGUCAGCCUGGAAGGCAGGCGGUGCUGAGGGUGGGGGCAAGACUAGAGGUCGUCCGCCCAUAAAUCGGACGCCUAUUGAAGGUCCUGGAUUCCACUUUCAGCCAUGGCUACCUGCAAAGCCGGGUUCGAAUCUGGCAGCGAGCCCUAUCACCGAGUCCAACCAGGAGUCUUCCCCGUCACAAGCGCCUGCUGUGGCGGUCGUGACGCCAAGUCCAACCCCACAGCCGCCGAGCCACCAGUUCUUAACGACUGCGGACACUUCCCCGGCGAGGCCCCCAGUGCGGCCCCCGGUCAGAUCGUCUUCUCAGCAUUCAAGGCCUGCACGGCCGGUCAUAUCACUGAAAGUACCAGAGAGAUCGGGUGGACCCAUACGGCUUGCGACGCCGCCCCCACCUGUAGUGGUGGUGAACGGGGAGGUGGCAGGAGACCCGACUACUGAAAGCAACAAGACGAUCGAAAGCCAAGCUCCUCGUUUCAUAGAAACCACCAUGAAGACGACUGAGAAAUCCGAUACAGAAAGCCAGGGGGCUCGCCCAGUCGAAAAACCAGUUGGAGACUACUAUUUUGAGAGAAUGGAGGACAGAACCAAUGUGGACUCUUUAAUGGAGUACUUCUUGCAAGCAGCACAAGAAGGAAUCUGGUUGGAUCAGCACGGCAACCCUGACGAUGUGGCCUCUGUUGGGGAAGCAUCGGCUAUAAUCAAUUCGAUAAUGCAGGACAUGAUCAAUGCGGCUACCGACACCGCUUCAUUCCUCCUCAACCUCUCAGUUCUGGCUGGCGCACGGGCUCUCAAGGCGAAACCGGUAAAAUGCACUCGUCUGGCGGACGGCAAGGAUUGUUACAACUACAAGUUCGAAUGGGAGUACCGGUUCGGGCAUCUUGUAGGACAAGUCGCGAUGGAGCACAACGUUUCCAAGAGUAUGUGGAGGAGGCCCGGGUCGAGCAGUCCAGAAGAUGGUGCGGUAGGGAUGAAUGGACUCUCGGCCGAGGAGUGGCAGCGCAAAUACGAAGUGCUUCUUCAGAGGAUGAAGCAGAAGGACGAGGAGUUGUCGGACUUGCAGGCCAAGGCGACGGCAACCCCGGAAAAAGAGUGA